UUCGAGCUGUCACGAGCUUACAACAUAAGGACUCAUCCAGAGUGCAGGGAGAAUGAGGAGUCACCGGGGCCGGGGGAAGCAGCAUGAGUGGCCCGUGCAUCUGCAUUAGACUGACGGCCCUCAUGUUUCUAUGGAAGUGGAUAACACUAAGCCUGCUCCACAGCUGGGUGUCAGUAGGGGCCGGGGCGGCGGACCCUUCCGGGGCUGGCUUCAGCAGCUCCACAGGGCCACUGGGCUGGCUCCUUUCGGACAAGGGUCCUUUUCACCACUCCCGGGAGUUUGUUGAUUUCACAGAGCGUUACCAGCAAGGAUUCACUACCAAGUACAAGAUAUACAGGGAGUUUGGCCGCUGGAAGGUGAACAGCUUGGUCCUGGAGAGACAGGAGAACAAUGGCUUUUCCUUGCCGCUGGACCCCGAGUUCCUCCAGACCAUCAGGCAGCUGGGCAGGAGGCCCAGUCUCGGCGCCAUCACGGACAACAUCAUCAGGAAAUAUGGAACCCACUUUCUGCUCUCCGUUACACUGGGAGGGGAAGAGUCAUUAAUGAUCUUUGUGGACAAGCGGAAGUUGAGUCGCAUGUCUGAAGUGAGUGAGUCCAAUGGCACAGCUGUGACUCUGGAAGCUCUGCACCAGCUGGCCGCCUCCUACUUUAUUGACAGGGAGAGCACCCUGCACAAGCUGCACCACAUCCAGAUUGCCUCCACUGCCAUCAAGGUGACCGAAACAAGAACAGGUCCUCUCGGAUGCAGUAACUAUGACAACCUCGACUCUGUCAGCUCCGUUUUGGUUCAGAGCCCUGAAAAUAAGAUUCAUUUGCAAGGCCUCCAGGCCAUACUGCCAGAGUACCUAAGGGCCAGGUUUGUGCAGGCAGCUCUCAGCUACAUUGGUUGUAAUGAGGAGGGCCAGUUUGUAUGCCGGGACAAUGACUGCUGGUGCCAGUGCAAAGUGGAAUACCCACAGUGUAAUUGCCCCGAGGUGGAUCUGAGGGCGAUGGAAGCCAGUGUGCUGAAAAUCCAAGAUUCCUGGAACACGGCCAACAAAGACUUUGAGGAGUCAGAUGAGUUUCAGAACUUCGUCCGAAGGAUUCCUACUUUCUACGCCCUGAACGCGUCCGCCAUCCAAUACUUCUGGAAGACGGAGCCGACCAUCCACAACCGCUACAGACAGCUGGAGCUCGGCGCCCAGCAGCUCCUGAGCAAGGCGCGGCGCAUCAUCAACAAGCUCUUCAGCCUCAGCAAGAGGUGUCAAACUCAGCCCAAGAUUAUUAUGCUGAGGGAGAGGCCCUACAGCUACUGGCUGAAGUACAUCCUCUCCAUCAUGUACUGCAGCGAGAACAACCACAUCGGCUUCUACCUGGAGGAGACCAGGAGCUGCUCCUGCCCCUACGAGCACCCCCCCUGCCACGGUGUGAUCCCCUGCACGGUGGGGGAGGGCACCUCGUGCGCCUCCUGCUCCUACGAGAACCGCUCCCGCUGCGCCACCUGCAACCAGGGUUACAUGCUGAGCCAGGGCGCGUGCCGCAACGAGGUGCCCGACUCCACCGAUCACUACAUCGGCUUCGAGACGGACCUGCAGGACCUGGAGCUCCGCUACCUGCUGCAGAAGCGAGACAACCGCAUCAGCAUCCACGGAAUCUUUGUCAGCAACGACGUGCGGCUCAACAACUGGUUCGACCCGUCGUGGAGGAAGAGGAUGCUGCUGACGCUGAAGAGUAACAAAUACAAGUCCAACCAUGUCCACAUGCUCCUGGGGAUGUCGCUACAGAUCUGCCGAACCAAGAACAGCACUCUGGACCCCAUGCUGUCCGUCUAUAUCAAUCCGUUUGGCGGGAGCCACUCUGAGAGUUGGAUCAUGCCCAUUGACCAGAACAACUACCCAGACUGGGAGAGGACUAAAUUAGACCUUCCGUAUGACUGUUACAACUGGACUUUGACUUUGGGCAACAAGUGGAAAACAUUUUUUGAAACGGUCCACUUUUACCUCCGGAGCCGGAUCAGAGCGCCCUCAAGCACCGGGAACGGAACAGUAUAUUACGAGCCCUUGGAGUACCUGGAACCGGGGCGCAAUCUAGGCUACAUGAAGAUUAACAGCAUCCAGGUGUAUGGCUACAGUAUGCACUUUGACCCGGAAGCAAUCCAGGACUUGAUUUUACAGCUUGACUACCCGUACACUCAGGGAUCGCAGGACUCGGCCUUGUUGCAGUUGCUGGAGAUCCGGGAUCGGGUCAACAGGCUCUCCCCGCCGGGAGCUCAGCCUCUGGACUUCUUCUCCUGUCUGCUGCGGCAUCGGCUCAAGCUGUCCACCACAGACGUUGCCAGGAUCCAGGCAGCGCUGCAGACCUUCAGUGCCAAGCAGCCCAACUCUAUGGAAUACGAAACAACCAAAUUAUGUAGCUAAUAAGUGGGCCGGCGGCCAGGUGCGCAGAUGGCAGAGUGGUUCUCACACGGACCUGAUGGCGGUUAAGAGCAAUUCUGGGGACAUUUGGGUUGGUUUUCACCGUCGUCGUGGAUCUCCGGAGUGCAUUUGAGAUCCUCACGUCAGCUUUUCGUAUAAAUUUGUACAACAUUGUAGAAUUAAUGAGGAUUUCACCAAACUUGCCUCAUAGCGUCUUUUCUUCUUUCUUUCUUUGUUCUUCUCCCGACGGAAAUAAUAACAUUUGACAGUUAAUAAUAUGAAUUUAAUGCUCUCUCACCACGGAUAUGUGGCCAGUGUGCUGACGUUUGUAGGUUGCACACAUUUGAGAUUGCUCUCAUGUGUAAACAAAAGCUUUUGCUGAUGAAGUAUUACCCAAUCAAUGUUACUGUAUGUCAUGGUUAUAAACAUUUCAACACCAGCAUGUUUUUUGUUUGUACUUUCCCAUCACAUUUAUUUCCUAAGCUCAAAAAUAAACACACAUUUGUAUUUUACUAUCAUGAUCCUCUCUUUUAACCUGGCACAUGAUGGGCACCUCAUUGUUUUAAACAUUUUCAUUCAACAAUAAACUCUCUCUUUUUUUUUAAAGCUGUACACAUUUUUGUAAGAAAACAAUUAAAUAAAAUCUAAAUGAAUAAAUAGAUGCUGUAUUACUCCAGACGUGCAGACAAGAAAACAGCUCCGGGAUCACAAUGUUACAUGUGCUUUUAUUUUUAUAAUGCUGUUGUUUGUGAAUCAAAAGAAG